GUGGUCAUGUGACCCUCUCUGAGUGUCAGGGGAAACAGCAUGGCGGACAUGCAUGCGGAGGCUGGCGACGAAUUACAUCGACUGUCCAGCUAACCCCGCCCGAGAGACAAGAGCCAAAUCGGGACGCGUCGAGCCGAACCGAGCCCGGCGAGCGUUGGCCGAACGCCUCAGCGGAAUGGACGAGGAGACGAAGGUCCAGUUUCCGUCUCUGCCUUCCACCAAGGAGGAGCUCCUGGACUGGGCCUAUCCAAUGAGACGUGAAAUGCAGGAAAUAGUACCAGGACUGUUUUUAGGUCCUUACUCUGCUGCCAUGAAAAGCAAGCUGCAGGUUCUGGAGAGACAGGGCAUCACGCACAUCGUGUGUGUGCGCCAAGACAUUGAAGCCAAUUUUAUUAAACCUAAUUUCCCUCAUACAUUUAGAUACCUUGUGUUGGAUAUUGCAGACAAUCCAGUGGAAAAUAUCAUAAGAUUUUUUCCCACGACUAAAGAAUUUAUUGAUGGCUGUUUAGCAACAGGAGGAAAGGUACUGGUUCACGGUAAUGCAGGAAUCUCAAGAAGUGCUGCCUUAGUGAUUGCCUACAUAAUGGAAACAUUUGGAAUGAAAUACAGGGAGGCAUUCAACCACAUCCAGGAGAGGAGGUUCUGCAUUAACCCCAACUUGGGAUUUGUGCAUCAGCUUCAGGAGUAUGAAGCAAUCUACCUCGCCAAACUCACCAUUAAAAUGAUGUCGCCCAUGCAGCUGGGCCGCUCCUUCUUACAAGGAGGCAUGCCAGGAAGCCGUAAGCGCAGCCUGGAGGAAGACGACGACUUUGGAGCAAUGCAGGUCACAGCAGCACAAAAUGGAUGAGCCUUGCCUACAUUUAGCCAUGUGGCGCAUUGCACUUUUUUUUUUUUUUAAUGGGAUGAAAAAUGUAGAUAUUUGAACCUUUUUCUAAGGGGAUAGGGGCGGAAGACCACUCAUGUCUGAGAUGUGAAGGUCUGAGCAAAUACAUUUUUGUUGUUGUUGUUUCUUGAGCUAAAUGCACUGAUGGGAAAAUUUUGCAGUUUUAUAGUAUUUAAAGCAUUUUUGCAUUUGCAGCGGGACAGUAUUGCAAUAAUGCACUUUCGAUACUUGAAUUUGUGUAGACUGCCAGAAGGGGGGCAGGCGGGGAAAGGGGAAAGUGGCCAGGACGUCGACCAUCGCAGGACUUGAUGAAGAUGGAUAGUUAAUGCCUUUAUUUUGGUGUCAUAGGAUUAACAACUAAUAUCAGGCCUAUUGUUGGAUAGGAUUUAAUUGUUGCAUAAUAAAAAGUCUGUCUGAACCCA